UGAAGUCGACUGUGCUUUGUAAAACCGGCUCACCAAGCCUCAGGACCUGCAGUGCCUCUGGAUUCCAGCCUCCGGGUCUCCACGCCAGACAGUCUGAGCAUGCGAGUCACACUUGCUGUGACAGCCUGGAUGCUCUCUGUGGUCUCCAGUUCUUCCUCUCCAGCAAAUACUUUGCCAGAUAUCGAAAAUGAAGAUUUCAUCAAAGACUGUGUUCGAAUGCACAACAAGUUCCGAUCAGAAGUGACUCCAAAAGCCAGUGAUAUGCUAUACAUGACUUGGGACCCAGUACUAGCCCAAAUUGCAAAAGCAUGGGCAAGGAACUGUCAGUUUGCACACAACAUACAGCUGAAGCUACCCCACAAGCUGCACCCAAAUUUCACUUCACUGGGAGAAAACCUCUGGACUGGGUCUCUGUACCUCUUUUCUGUGUCUUCAGCCGUCACAGACUGGUACAACGAAAUUCAAUACUAUGACUUCAAGACUCAGAAAUGUGACAAGGUCUGUGGCCACUAUACUCAGGUUGUUUGGGCAGAUAGUCACAAAGUUGGCUGUGCAGUACAGUUUUGUUCUCGAGUUGCUGGCUUUGAAAGUCUUCGCAAUGGAGCACAUUUUAUAUGCAACUACGGACCAGGAGGCAAUUACCCAACCCGGCCAUAUAAAAAAGGAUCCACAUGCAGUGCCUGCCCCAGUAACGACAACUGUCUGGACAAUCUCUGUGCUAACCCACAACGAGACAAAGUGACACGUUACUACUCUGUUGUGUUUCCAGACUGGCCAAUAUUUCCACGUAACAGAUACACAUCUCUUUUCCUCAUUGUUACUCCACCAAUCCUAAUACUGAGUGUUAUAAUUAUCAGUUUGGUCAAGCACAAAUACCCUCAUUUAGUUCUUCUGAACUAAUACAAUCCAGGGGGGAAAAAAAGCCUCAUUCGUACAUGGCUUUAAAAAAUAAAUUAAAAUUGGGUGUUAUUUCUAAUUUGCAGCAAACCCUUACUCAAAAGAAGAAAUGGUUCAAUGGUUCAAUUUCCUUUCCUAACAUUAGAAGGUAAACUCAUCUUUACUUUCCACUUUUUAUGAAGAAGCAUUGUUUUCAUGCUGCCACAGCUGUGACUUUCAGUGAGUAACCCACCCCCUGUGUGCCUUAGCUUCUAAAUAUGUAAAAUCAGUGAGCUAGAUUUAGGCAAGUCCUGGUCCUCAUCAGUAAAAGCAUUUCUAUUUAACCUGU